CAUACGCCUACACCCACCCCACACUCACAUUCACACAUACAGCACACUGCUGCGGUGGUUAGCGCCACCGACACCGCUGCAGCCGCAUGUGCUGGUGCGCUCGCAGGUGGAUUGUAGGACUGCGGGUGAUUGUAACCUUGAUGUCAUUGAUGGGGAGGACCACCAUGUAGAGGCGGCAGCCGUAUCGCAGCAAUGGGAAGCCACGCAUGGAGCGGGUCCGGACUGCAGCCGUGGUGAGCCUGAGCCCCCGCACUCCCCAAGCCUCGCAACCUUCUCAGGACCUGACCACAGGGGCUGUCCGACGCUCACCUGGAUGCUCCCCAGUCUGUGCUUUGCCGCCCCCCUCUACCAUCCUCCCCUCCCUGCUUCUUCUGCUCUGCUGCUGAAACAGAUGCUCCUAUAAUUGGAUUUUGCCCUCCUUUUUAAUAUCUCCACAAGUGACAUUCCCGUUUAUUAUCAUCAUUUUUUUGUCUACUUGAAUUCCGUUUUGGAAACUGAUCCCAUCCCUAUUAGCAAUAACCCACCGGUUGGCAUCAUGGGGGACAUGUCCAACAGCGAUUUCUACGCCAAGAACCAAAGAAAUGAGGGCGCCAACCACGCGGCAGGCUUCGGCUGCUCGCUCAUGGAACUGCGCUCGCUCAUGGAGCUGCGCGGCACCGAGGCGGUGGUCAAGCUUCAGGAGGACUACGGAGGCGUCGAGGGAUUGUGCAAACGACUGAAAACCUCACCCACGGAAGGACUCACAGGUGCCCAAGGCGACUUGGACAAAAGGAAAGAAGAAUUUGGGAAAAACCUGAUACCUCCAAAGAAGCCAAAAACCUUCCUUCAGCUGGUAUGGGAGGCCUUGCAGGACGUCACCCUCAUUAUCCUGGAGGUUGCUGCUCUCAUCUCGCUGGGCCUCUCCUUCUACCACCCGCCUGGAGAAGACACUGGAGAAUCUUGUGGCACAGUGAAAGGUGGCGCAGAGGACGAAGGUGAGGCAGAGGCGGGCUGGAUUGAGGGUGCUGCUAUCCUCCUGUCGGUGGUGUGCGUGGUCCUGGUGACCGCCUUCAAUGACUGGUCUAAGGAGAAGCAGUUCCGUGGGCUACAGAGCCGCAUCGAGCAAGAGCAGAAGUUCCAGGUGGUCCGCGGAAGCCAAGUCAUCCAGCUGCCAGUAUCAGACAUACUUGUUGGCGACAUCGCACAAAUUAAAUACGGUGAUUUGCUUCCUGCGGACGGAGUGUUGAUCCAAGGCAACGACUUAAAGAUUGAUGAGUCGUCGCUGACUGGAGAGUCUGAUCACGUGAAGAAGGCUGCAGACAAAGACCCCAUGUUGCUAUCUGGGACCCAUGUGAUGGAGGGCUCAGGGCGCAUGGUGGUGACCGCUGUGGGCGUCAACUCUCAGACUGGAAUCAUCUUCACCCUGCUCGGAGCUGGAGUAGAGGAAGAAGAGAAGAAAGAAAAGAAAGGAGGCGCAGUGGAAGAUGGACACCAGAACACAGACUGCUCGCAUCCCCCCAUCCACCCCAUCGCCACUAUUGCCACGGAUGGGGCAGCGGGCUUUAAUGCCCCUGGCAGUGCCAACCUUAUUAAUGGUAAAAUGCAAGAUGGCAAUAUGGAGAGCAACCAGAUUAAAGUGAAAAAGCAGGACGGAGCGGCCGCAAUGGAGAUGCAGCCUCUUAAAAGUGCCGAGGGUGGGGAGGAGGAGAAGGAGCGGAAGAAGGUUUCCAUUCCCAAAAAAGAGAAGUCAGUGCUUCAAGGGAAGCUCACCAAGUUGGCCGUCCAGAUUGGCAAAGCAGGGUUGCUUAUGUCAGCCAUCACGGUUAUCAUCCUGGUGCUGUACUUUGCCAUCGACGCCUUCGUCAUCCAGAAGCGUCCUUGGCUGCCUGAGUGCACGCCCAUCUACAUCCAGUACUUUGUCAAGUUCUUCAUCAUCGGUGUGACCGUGUUGGUUGUCGCCGUACCCGAGGGUCUACCGCUGGCCGUCACCAUCUCUUUAGCCUACUCAGUCAAGAAAAUGAUGAAGGACAACAACCUGGUGCGGCAUCUGGACGCAUGCGAGACAAUGGGCAAUGCCACCGCCAUCUGCUCAGAUAAGACGGGCACACUCACCACCAACCGCAUGACAGCCGUGCAAUGCUACGUUGGCGACGUGCAUUACAAGGAGAUCCCAGAGCCGGGGGUCCUUCCUCCAAAAUCGCUGGACCUGCUCGUGAAUUCCAUCUCCAUCAACAGCGCCUACACCACUAAGAUACUGCCCCCGGAUAAGGAAGGAGGUCUGCCGAAACAGGUGGGCAACAAGACGGAAUGUGGCCUGCUGGGAUUGGUGCUGGACCUGAAGCGCGAUUACCAACCAAUCAGGAACCAGAUCCCUGAAGAGAAGCUCUACAAAGUGUACACUUUCAACUCAGUGCGGAAGUCCAUGAGCACUGUCGUCAAACUGCCUGAUGGGAGCUUCCGCAUGUACAGCAAGGGAGCAUCAGAGAUUGUCCUCAAAAAAUGCAACCACAUUCUGAAUGAGGUGGGUGAACCCCGGGUUUUUCGUCCACGAGACAAAGAUGAGAUGGUGAAGAAGGUGAUCGAGCCCAUGGCCUGCGACGGCCUGAGGACUAUCUGCGUGGCGUACCGCGAUUUCUCCAGCAACCCCGAACCCGACUGGGAUGACGAAAACAACAUCCUCAGCGAUCUCACGGCCAUUUGUGUCGUUGGGAUUGAAGACCCUGUCAGACCAGAGGUACCGGACGCCAUUCAAAAAUGCCAGCGCGCAGGCAUCACCGUGCGAAUGGUCACUGGGGAUAACAUAAAUACAGCGAGGGCCAUCGCCAUCAAAUGUGGCAUCAUCCAUCCUGGAGAGGACUUCCUCUGCAUUGAUGGCAAAGAGUUUAACAGGAGGAUCCGCAAUGAAAAAGGAGAGGUUGAGCAGGAGCGAAUCGAUAAGGUAUGGCCUAAACUGCGUGUCUUGGCCAGAUCCUCCCCCACUGACAAACACACACUUGUUAAAGGUAUUAUUGACAGCACCAUGGUAGAACAGAGGCAGGUGGUGGCAGUGACAGGCGACGGAACAAAUGAUGGGCCUGCUCUGAAGAAAGCUGAUGUCGGUUUCGCCAUGGGCAUCGCCGGCACUGAUGUAGCCAAGGAGGCCUCUGACAUCAUCCUGACCGACGACAACUUCAGCAGCAUCGUCAAGGCGGUGAUGUGGGGCCGCAACGUCUACGACAGCAUCUCCAAGUUUCUCCAGUUCCAGCUCACGGUCAACGUGGUCGCCGUCAUCGUUGCGUUCACGGGGGCUUGCAUCACACAAGACUCUCCACUGAAGGCAGUGCAAAUGCUUUGGGUCAACCUCAUCAUGGACACUUUCGCCUCGCUGGCCCUGGCUACUGAGCCCCCCACGGAGUCUCUACUCAGAAGGAAGCCUUACGGACGCAACAAGCCUCUCAUCUCCAGCACAAUGACAAAGAACAUUCUGGGACAUGGCGUCUAUCAGCUCAUCAUUAUCUUUCUCCUCCUCUUUAUCGGCGAGCAGAUCUUUGACAUCGACAGCGGUCGCAACGCACCCCUCCACGCACCACCCUCGGAGCACUACACCAUCAUCUUUAACACCUUCGUCAUGAUGCAGCUCUUUAACGAAAUUAACGCCCGGAAGAUACACGGCGAGCGUAAUGUCUUCGAGGGUAUCUUUAGGAACCCCAUCUUCUGCUCCAUUGUUUUUGGCACCUUUGCUGUGCAGAUAAUAAUUGUACAGUUUGGAGGGAAGCCAUUUAGCUGCCAACCUCUGGACCUGGAGAAAUGGAUGUGGUGUGUUUUCCUCGGCUUGGGAGAGCUCGUCUGGGGUCAGGUGAUUGCGACAAUCCCCAACAGCAAGCUGCGCUUCCUGCGGCGGGCCGGCCAGCUCAGCCAAAAAGACGAACUCCCGGAGGAGGACGUAAAUGAGGAGAACGAGGAGAUCGACCACGCUGAGAGGGAGCUAAGACGAGGGCAGAUUCUCUGGUUCCGAGGACUCAACCGCAUUCAGACUCAGAUCGAAGUAGUCAACACCUUCAAGAGUGGCACCUCCUUUCAGGGGGCGGGAGCUCUGAGACGCCAGUCGUCCACAACCAGCCAGAACCAGGAUAUCCGUGUCGUGAACGCAUUCCGCAGCUCCCUCUACGAAGGCCUGGAGAAGCCCGACUCUCGCACCUCCAUCCACAACUUCAUGACACAGCCCGAGUUUAGGAUAGAGGACUCCACGCCCAAUAUCCCGCUCAUCGACGACACGGACGACGACUCGGCUCGCCGGAGGGGGAAGUACUCCAGCCAGCCCUCGUCGCCCAACAAGAACAACAACGCUAUCGACAGCGGCAUAAACCUCACCAUCGACAUCAGUAAAUCAGCGGCCUCGUCCAGUCCCGCCAGCCCUUUGCACAGCUUGGAGACCAGCCUCUAACCUGGUUUUGGAACCUUCAGCUCCCCAAGUAACCGGUACAUUCGAUCCCACCCAAAAAAAAAGAUAAAGCGACAGCCAUCUUGUAUUUGUGGUUGUCUUGUUCUCGCAGAGGAGCAAACUGAGGACGACGAGGAAGACAAACACUGGAACCUCCCCUUUCCUCAUUAUAUUCCGAUUAAUAUUAUUGUUCUAUUAUUAUUGUCGCUCCUGCAUGAAUGUACAUUGACCAAGUUUUAUUUAAAAGGGUAAGCCCCUUCCCACCUGCCCAUUUGGAUUCUUUUAUCAUGGAACAAGGACCGCUUCCUUCUCUUCUUCUCCAUCUGUGUGGCAUGAUCACAUGAGAUUUGAUCAUGUGACUGGGUGCCAGGGCUCAACUUGCACAGCAGCUUUGCACCUCCAACCCACCGGUCACCCCAAAAAGAAAAGAGGAGCGCAAAAAUAGUACAACGGCGAAUUAUGAGCAUUUACGGGGAUUAUAUUCUAUAAAUAUGAACUCAUAUAAAUAUAUUUACAGUAGAGAGAGUUUUAUCUUUGUUUGUCGGCAUGUUGCCUUGUUCCUGCUUUGAAUGGCUCGAAAGUACUUAUUUAUGUCUUAAAAGAGAAUGUAAUUUGUUUACAAGCCACUUAGAGGUAUAUUCCUGGUUUUUAGAAGAAGGGAUGCCUGAGCUCAGAUGGUGUGUUAUUAUUAUGCUGAGGAUUAAAACAAAAUAAAAAUAAAAAACUAAAAAAAAAAAAAUAGGGGAAAAUUAAACAAAAAAAGCUGGAAUUUGCCUGCUAUCUUGUGAAAUAUUGUAGAUAUUUUUAGAGGACUAACAAACAAAAAGAAACCAAACUAUAAUGGUAGUAAAUGUGGAAUCUUAGUAUUAUUCUUUAUGAUUGUUGGGAUGGAGUUGCGUUUGUUUUUUUUUUUUUUUUCUUAAGAAAAAAAAAAGAGGCCACCAUGGUGACAGACGGGGAAGAAUUCUAUCAAUCGCUAACUUUUCUUUGGUUGAUGCUUCUUUUUUUAUAUAUAAGUUAUAUAAAUAAACUAUAUAAUGUGUAUAUUUUCCAUUUUAAAGGUUGAUAUCAGGACCUUCAAAAAUGAACUGCUUGAAUCACAUCAACAAAGUAAUAUAUCUCAACCUUAUGAGAACCCUUUUAAAUAUACUUUGUUUCUUUCUUAUUCAUUUAAUCCAGAAACAUUUCAAUAUACUGUAUUUCCUCUGUCAGAGAGACAAAAAUCCACACAGCGCUGUAGGCCAUUUUCAGACCAAAAAAAAGACUGAUUUCGCCACAUUUUAUUUAUUAAUCAAAGAGUACAUGUGUUGUACCAUAUAGUACUCAUUAAACACAUAGUUUUGUGUGUUGAACUUUGCUUUAGCUCUCAAUGGCCACAGUGCAGCAAUGAAGACUCAUCUGUCUAGUAUAGAUUCACUAUCAUUCGCAUACAUUUUCGAGUUGUAGUUUGUUUUGAAGAAGAAUGAUAGAUAUGGCUUUCAAUGUUCGCAUUUUUAUAUGAAGGUGGAUUUUCGGGGCCUGAUUUUGACCAACCUUAGCUUUUGGAGCUUCAAAUUUCAUUGGGAAUCAUCAAAUAUUGGCAGCAUGUUCAGCUUGCAUGCCUUGUUGGAAACUCAAAAGCCUUCAAAUUUGAUGUCGCCUAAAUAGCAGACAACAUUGAUUAUUUUAUCUUCAAAGGACAGAAAUGGGCAACAUGGUCCAAAAAUGGUCAUUUCAAACGACACCUCCUGGCUAUUCAGAAUCUGAAUGAUCCUUAUUGGCCAAGUACUGUGGUACCUCGACAUACGAACACCUCGACAUACAGUCCUUUCGACACCUGACGUAAAAUGUGACUCAUCAUUUGUCCCGACAUAUGACGACAUGCUCAACAUACGUCGAUUUACAACAGUGUCGCAAUUUCAUUGUUUUCCCACAAGACGGCAGCACACAGCGGAUUUUCUUCUGGGCACGGGUCCCAAGACGGUUAGUGCAGGUGGUGAAAAAAGGAAAAGGGUGACGCUUACAAUUGAAUUUAAGAUGGAAAUGACAGAAAAAUAAGACCAUGUGGUGCGCGUCAGUGAACUGGCUCGACAGUAUGGCCAGAAUAUGUCUGCAGUCUCGACUGUCCACCUCCGGUCGUCAGUCUUUGUAAGUUAAGUUGACAAUUAUUAUUAUUGUAACAUUGGUAAGGACGUUGCCAGCUUUAUCAGGUUUUUAAUCAUUUAUUUAAGAAAUUGUGGACCACAGCACGGCUACUGCCCACCAUACCCGACGCCAGAAACAACAAAACAUGAAAAGAGAAAGUAAUAACGUCCGACUCAUCCGUACCUCUUUCACUAUCUCGUCAGUUACACGGUGCGUUCAGGAACAGCAUGCAAAACACAACCACCACAUUAGAACCCGAUUCAUUACAUUAUGUAUUCCGAUUUGUAUUUAUAUUUUUAUUUGUUUUGCUAUGUGUAAUGGCUAUUUGUGAUUGUACCUGCAAUAUUUUAUGAAGGAUUUAGUGCAUGCUUUUGGGCUGUGGAACGAAUUAAUCGAAUUGUAAUGUACAGUGGUACCGCUACUGACAAACGUCUCUACAGACAGAAUUUUCAGGUUAUGUUACACAUACCGGGAAAAUAUUGCCUCUUGUUAUGAAAGAAAUUUCCGUAUACGAAAGGCAAAGAUACACUAUAGACUGCUACUCACAGCUCCCAGAGAUUACUGAACGUAACAUAAUUAUAGCUGCUCUGCUAGAGGGGCCUCUGCUGCAUGUGUAUCCAAGUGUAUCCAUUCGCCCCUCUGGCCAUGAGGUGUUCCGACACCUUUACGUGUGUGUAUUAACUUUUAUCCUUUACUCAGUUUUUGCACAACUCUAAUUUUAUUUUGCAAUAAUCUUAUUGUAACGUAUUUGCUACAUGCUUUAAUGCAUUUUUAUGCUUUAUAAAAGAUUUAUGUCUGAAUUUGGUGGGGGGGCUUGGAAUAGAUUUGGGCAUUUACAUGGAAAACGUGUCUCUAGUUACGGAAUUUUCAGUUUAAGAAACUACUUCCAAAACCAAAUAAUUUCGUAAGAAGAGGUACCACUGUAUUCCUAUGGGAAAAUCCCGCUCAACAUAUGACCAUUUCGAUUUACAAACAAGGUCCUGGAACGGAUAAAAUUUGUAUGUAGAGGUACCACUGUAUGUUGGUAACACACAAGAAAUUUGUCCCUGGUAUGUAGACCCACUCGAGUUUUACAAUAAAAAUCAACUUGUGUGUUUUUGGCCAUGGCCUGUGAGACUUUCUUAUGGGUCUACUCAUGAUAUACAUGUGAAGCCAAAGUUCUUUUUGCUAAAGAUAAUCUGUCUUUAAAAAUAAAAUAAAAGCAUGUCACGAUUGACCAGACACUCCUUCAUACAGGCAAACUCCAAAUAAAAUGUCACUCAUUUUGAACGUGCAACAGAAACUAUUACGCAUUUUCGUUGACGAUAACAACACUGGUUGCAUGGAUCGACUUGCAUGUCUUUUCCUCAGUAGCUUAUGACAUCUCAAGGGUAAAAUUUGGUGAACUCCUAGAACAUGAAUUCUUCUUCAUAAAAUAAAAAUAAUUGAUUUAUUAUUUCAAAAGUUAUUCAAGUUUAGGUGAUGACUGUUUUUUGUGUGUGUGUCACCCUGUUCAAUAUGUGUUUGAAAGUUGGAAGGAAUCCGACUUUUUUUUAAUUAGUUCGUCCAUGUUGGGCUCUUGGAAAAGUUUGAAAUGACCCUUUUUGGCCAUGGAUUAUUGAGCCUCUUAUCAUGAUCAAUAUGUGUAACAAUGUUAUGUUCCUAAAUCAAACUUUGGUGGUCCAGUUUUCAUAAUUGUCCAUUUGUAUAUCAUUUAUAGAUUUAAGGUUCUUUGUUCAAACAACUACAAAAUGUUUGUUGUUUUCUUAAUUUAAGAAUUCAAUUCAUCUUCAUUGAAACUGUUUUCUCUCCAAAAACAGCACCACGUUUCUGUGGGCCAAUUUUAAACAUCUCCAAGAGGAAACAAUGACACAAAAAUGGAAUGUUUAUUUGGCUUUUUUCCUAUACAUACAUAUAUACAAAAAAGACUCUUUUUCUGCAGUUUGGUUAUGAAUGACAAAUUACGUGGUGUAAAAUCUAGAUGUGCUUUUUGUGUGUUUUAACAGAGCUUGUCUUCCUGCCGUCACGGAAUAUACAGUACUCUAGCAUCUCAGCUGUGCUCACUUAUUGUUGUAAUAUUUAUUGUGCUUUGACCGAACCACACGAUCAGCAGAGGGAAAGUUACAAAAAAAAAAUAAUAAUAAUAAUUAAUUAAUCAAUAACAACAACAUAUUGCACUCUGAAGGAAAAGGCCACUUUAAACAAGCCUGUACUCUUACUAACUCAAGUCACUGGCAAGCACGGCGUGUUCUAUAGGCUCAUUAUGCAAACCAUAAACAUUUUUUCUACUAAAUAAAUUUACUCUAGUAUUCCAAUCUC